UCUGACAUUUUAUUCAGUCUCAGUGCGUACGCGCCGCGGCCGGUUGUGUUAUUAAUAAAUUCAAAAUGGCGGCCCGCGUCAGCCGGUGUUUCUUAACAACAAGCAGGUCGUACAGCUCGAAAAGUGACAAAAAUGUGGCUUUCCUUGGCCUUGGGAACAUGGGGGGAUUUAUGGCGGCAAAUCUCGUGAAAAAGGGUUUCAACGUCCGCGGCUACGAUCCAUCUAAAGAAGCGCUGAACUCAGCCGCCAAGAACGGAGUAUCAAGCGCCAGCUCAAUCGCUGCAGCGGUCGAUGGGGUUGAUGUCGUUGUGUCAAUCUUACCCAGUAAUAAAGUCGUGCUCGACGCGUACUUGGGGAAGGAUGGAGUUGUUGACCAUGUGCCCAAAGGAUCUCUGCUAAUCGACUCCAGCACAGUGGACCCCAACGUGCCGAAACAAAUAUUCCCUGUUGCGAUUGAGAAGGGGAAGGGUUUCAUCGAUGCUCCAGUUUCAGGAGGUGUGAUGGGCGCUCAGAACGCCACACUCGCCUUCAUGGCCGGCGGUAGGAAGCAGGACUUCGACCGAUCCUUGCCUCUGCUGGAAGCAAUGGGAGCAAAGCAGUUCCACUGUGGCGACAUCGGCUCUGGACAAGUGGCCAAGCUGGCCAAUAACAUGCUCAUGGGCAUCACUGGCAUGGCCACUGCUGAGUGCAUGAAUAUGGGUAUCAAAAUGGGUCUAGACCCGAAAGUACUGCUGGAUGUUCUAAACAACUCGUCAGCUCGCUCCUGGUCCACGGAGGUGUACUGCCCCGUCCCCGGGCUCGUCCCCACCGCACCUUCCAGCAGGAACUAUGAUGGCGGCUUCAAGAAUGAAUUAAUGGUUAAGGACUUAGAGUUAGCAAGUGGCAUGGCUCUCGGCAUCCGGUCACCCAUCCCGCUCGGGGCGGUCGCGACGCAGCUUUACCGCAUUGUGCAAUCCCGCGGCUACGGAGAGAAAGACUUCUCUUUCGUCUAUCAGUUACUUAAAGAAGAGAAUGCUAAGAAGUAGAAUAAAUUAUUAAAUUUUGAA